AUGAUUCCAGGUAGCACGGCUUAUGACCCCGAGGCCAGCAUCACAGGUCUCUAUACGGGACCUUACUUUGACCCUCUGGCACCCAGGAACAUGACAGCGCACCUCGGAGACGAGGCCACACUUCCAUGUACUGUACGACAGCUUGGCGACAAAUCGGUGUCUUGGGUGAGGAUGCGGGACGCAGACAUCCUGACGGUGGAUCGCUACACCUUCGUUGGUGACGAGAGGUUCGAGUCUCACUACUCGACUCCGACGGAGACUUGGAACCUGGUGAUAAAGUACGUGCAGGAGCGCGAUGCUGGCCUCUACGAGUGCCAGGUCUCCACCGAACCCAAGAUGAGUCAACUCUUCAGCCUCCGGGUAGUCAGUAAGUGGCACGUUCUAUAUAAAGCUAUCCAAAGAUCACGUCUCAGUGAUGCUUCCUGGGAGUAUGUUCGCUCAUCUACAACUCUGUUUCUAAGACAUUCAAUCAUGCAUUGGAAGACCAAUGUGAGUUGGCAUCCACGGAAAGUUUAUUCAGUACUGUCCAUAAUUGUACCAUACCUGUGUCUUGCUUCUGACACGCCUAUAUCACAGACACUCAUGGAAUUAAGAGCAUUCAUGGAUAAUUGGGAAUCAGUUAUCUUUAGGUACAUAGACAAGGAGUACUGCAAGCAGCUCACUUUGAAGUGUGGUGGCCCAGUUGUUGAUGCUCCAAUUUCCAUACAGGAGACAUCGCUUCCUCAGUAUAUAUUGAUAGAACUAAUAACAAUAAGUAGCCAAGAAAUUGCUGAAAAACUACUUAAGUUUACGAUGCUCGAUAUUCUGGUUCUCCAUGAUGGACUAAUGAUCAGCUAUAUAAGGAGUGAUGGUGCCUCUUUGUGGAUGGUUGUACAGACGCUGAACAACGUAAGCACACAGGUUGUACAGACGCUGAACAACGUAAGCACACAGGUUGUACAGACGCUGAACAACGUAAGCACACAGGUUGUACAGACGCUGAACAACGUAAGCACACAGGUUGUACAGACGCUGAACAACGUAAGCACACAGGAUGUACAGGCGCUGAACAACGUAAGCACACAGGUUGUACAGACGCUGAACAACGUAAGCACACAGGAUGUACAGACGCUGAACAACGUAAGCACACAGGUUGUACAGACGCUGAACAACUUAAGCACACAGGAUGUAACGGUAAAGACAGGUGUUGAAAGCCACAAUCCACCCCGACCUCCACAAGGACGACGGAACAGAGUGGUAAUACACCUGUAUCCUCCAACCUCCACGCUGCCCCAGUUUCAUUCAGUACUCAAUGUUUUGCUUUCUUUCUCACCUGCAGAGAAGCACCCAGCAGCGAUGCAAGGAGAGCGGAACGGCGCCUGCGCCUCCGAGAUCAACAUCCAUGUCACCCUUUUCGUUCUCCUCUUUGUCCUCAUCUGCAGUCUGGCUUUCGGUUUUAAUGAAGAAAAUAAUGAGUUGGCGGCAAAGAAAAGAACCCUGGAUCCUGACUCAUCCACUGAUCCUCCAAUAGUCGUCUACUCCUCCUCCUCCUCUUCCUCUUCCUCUUCCUCUUCAGGAUCUCUCCUCUCCACCACCUCUUUCACAUCCACCAGUCUCCAAGCGCUCUCCGCGAUCGCCUUUGAUCAUGAGAGGCUGAGGACUUCUGAAAUUCUCCGGGAGCUUCUGAAAGUCGACGCUCUUCAUCUUGUACAAGAAGUGCUUGUCGGCCUGGAGGGUCAGGUCACGGAGGCACGAAACCAAAGUUACAAGACACUGGCUUCCUUCGGUGCUAGUGACCUUAAUAGGGACAAUGCGAUUUCAUUACGCUUGGCCAACACUGAAGUAGCAUUCCCCGUGCAGGGAGAUUACUUAAUGCAUUCCUGGAAGCAUCCGGACAUAUUAGUGGAAGCCCUUAAAGAAGUUCCCGUCCUUCUCUUUAUGGUAGAACGAGAGGUAGAAGGAGCAACGCUUCGUAUGAACCACACCAAGACAAUUACUGAACCACCACAGCAGCACAUCUUUCCCGUCGCCGACUUGGAGAACAGCCGGAGUUACGGUCGGUGUGCGUCAGUAGGCAGAAGUCGGUGAUCAGUGUAUCCCAUCCUUCCCACACUCUUGUACAUAAUACGUGUAAAUAAAUAUAUGAUUUUUAUGUGUACAUAUAGAGUCGUACAAAAUAUAUUUCCCCUGUUAGUACUUAGCAGUGGAUAAAUCAUGGGAAGUGUCGUUUUGUAAACAUUUAUAAACCUUUAAUAAUAGGCCAAAAAAUCAAGGCCAUGGUAGCCAGGAUUCAGAAAUUUAUGUAUAUAAAAAAUAUCUCGCUAGUCUUGAUCCAAGGAGGCUCUUGAUGUGGGUUUUUGUAAAUUUUUGAGUCUCCUGAAUUUUUUUUUUUUUUAAUUUAUCAUGGCUCAACAAACAAUUUUCAUUUGGUUAAAGAAAAUUGGAUAUUAGUAAAGCAUAUGUAUAGUUACUCAUCAUUUACCGACUUUCUAGAAAGAUGUAUACGAAUAUGUAUUCCAUGUCGUGUGAAAUAUAUCUAGGACCGAGCGCCCAAGUCUUCUGUUGAGAAAAGUGUACAAAAAAAAAAAACUAAUGGAGUGAACAAAUACGUU